AUGGCUUUGCCUUUUCUAUUCCUCAAGUUCAAGGACAUGUAUUCGGAUGCAAAGGGCACGAACGCCAUCCAGCUACACACAAGCCGUCCAAAUCUACACGCUCCGAGCAUAGGAGACGAUUACGUAGGCCAUAUCACCCUAGAGUCGUACGACACCAAGCUAUGUGCUGCCAAUUGCAGAGAAGUCAGAGUGCCAUCCAUCGAUAUCUUCUUCAAGCGCGGCUCAACUGUCACAUUAGGCAAUGACUGCGGCAAUCCAGCGUCUACAGCCUUGAUCAAGUGCACGUUUCAGUCGACCUCUGAGGCUGAGGCCAAAGCGAAUAAUGAGGGCUCUACUGACCACCGCUUCCACCGCAUCAUAGCCGGUUCGAACGUGUGUUUCAAUCCAAGAGCUAUCGAUCUUAUAACAGAACAUUGUCCAUCGACCGGACCGGAGCAGUCAUUUGAGUAUCGCGAAUUUCUCAUUGCUAUGGACAAGAUGGGCUUCGGGAAGAGUAUUGAUAUUGGUACUAUAGCAUACUAG